AUUUUAGAAUAGAGGAGGUUUAUUUUAUAGUGUCAGCUGUGUGCGUCAUCGGUGCGUGUCCUGCAGAAGCUGCGAUAUUAAAUGUCGAUUACUGGUGAAUAACAAACGUGAAUGAAAUAAUCGGAGUGUUGUCAGAAUCCGGAGCAGCUAAAACGAUCCAACAUGGGCCUCAAGGAUUUCCGAAUAGCGUUCGAUAAUCAAUGGAGCACGUAUUAUCCUGGUCAAACUGUAACGGGUAACAUCAUUGUUGUCCUGGACAGUACGAAGAAGAUUCGUGGUAUAAGCGUGAAAGUGAAAGGCGAAGCAAACACUUGUUGGGCAACUGCAGAAGAAGAAAUGGACGAAAAGGGACAAUAUCGGGAUGACAGCCAGACUGUCACUGCACACGAAGAAUAUUUUGAAACGAAAUAUUAUUUGGUUGGAUCAUCCUCAGGUGGAGAAAUCGAAAUACAAUCAGGAGAACACAAAUUUCCAUUUACUUGUACUUUGCCGGCAAAUUUGCCAAGUAGUUUCGAAUCAGAUUUUGGACACAUUCGUUAUACCGUCAAAGCCACGAUGGAUCGGCCUUGGAAAUUCGAUCAAGAUGUUAAGAGUCCUUUCACAGUUAUCGCUCCUUUAGAUUUGAAUCAGGAACCCAGAGCGACCGAGCUCGUGCAGCAAGAAAUGAGUAAAACAUUUUGUUGCUUAUGCUGCGGCACACCACCUUUGACUGUGAAUUUUUCACUACCGGCUCGAGGUUACGUGCCUGGACAAUCAAUGCCAAUCAAAAUAAACGUCGAGAAUGCAUCAAAUAUCCGUGUGAACACCAUUAAACUCGUACUCCGUAAGAUUGUGACUUAUCGUGCUACUACGCCACGCACGGCUACUAAAACGGACGAAAUUGUGGUGACAGAAGUUAGUAAAGGACCAGUCGAAGCCGGUGGAACCGCCGAUUACGAGCAACAUCUGGAUAUUCCGCCUCUUCCGCCAUCGAAUCUGACUAAUUGUCAUAUCAUCGAUCUUGAAUACAAUUUGAAAGUAGAAGCAUGCGUUGAAGGAUGGUAUCAUUCCAAUCUGUCUGCCAAUACACUUAUCUUCGUGGGAACAGUUCCACUUGCGGUUUAUCAUGCUCCGAGUGCUCCACCAGCGGGAAUGGAUGGCGAUUACUCAAUGAAGCCACCGGCAGCUGGUUUUGUUAUACCUUCGACAAAUGCCGCGUUGCCUCCAUUGCCAGACGCUCAUUUGUAUCCGAACUUACCUCCGCCGUCCCUCGAGGAAUCGUCAAAUGGAGCCAGAAAUCUUCGCGAGCGCGGAGAAUCAGAACACGUUUAUGGCCUAGCUAAUCAUUUUGCGCCAAGAUAUCCAGUGUACAAUUUUGCACCUGUGCAGUAACACAAAAACAACGAACUGUUGCUGUAUUUAAAUUAGCUUUUGCCAAAGUUUCUGGAUCGCUUGCUUUGCUUUUUUAUUGAUAUAAAUUUUGACGUAUAUACAUAAAUCGCAAAGUGUUCGAAUUCAUUAUCGCUCCGCGAUCUAAAUACGUGAAUUACAUGAAUAACGCACAAUUUUUAACGCACAUACAUAAUAAAUUAAACAAAUGGAAGUGUCUUUAGCAUUUAAUUUGUACAUAUAUUCACGGAAGAACUAUGAAUGUGUUAAUACACAUAUGCGAUAAUAUAAUAUAUAUAUUUAUACCAAAGUAUUCAUAUUUGUACAAAUGUAUUGUAUCAUAAGACAAGAAUUAUAAAACAACGAUACGCUUUUUAUGUUUAAUUUUAAAAGCAUUACAAAAUAAGGUUAUUUGUAAGUAUAUUUUAUAAUACAUAUUAUAUAUUUACUUUAUGUGAUGUGUUAGUCAAAUAAAAGCUUGAAUAUAUGACUGCA